CUAGUGUACUUCCGAAGUCCCCUUUACAACCAUGAGGCCAUUCGCUCCCACUGGCCUUGGACUGCUGCUCGCCUUCGCUCACAACGCAGCCGAUGCUGCUCUUCCAAAGGAAGGUGCGGCGUUGAUUGAUACGGCGGUGGACCCGUGUACCAAUUUCUACCAGUACGCGUGCGGGCAGUUUAACAAGACGGCAACGAUUCCGCAGGGUCAACGUCGCGCUGCCUACGGUUGGGACGAUCUCAAAGAUCUAGCGGAAGCCAUGUUCACGGCUAUUCUCGCUGAGAAACAACUACCCGUCCUCUCCGACUAUUACGCGUCGUGUAUAGACACCAAUACCAUUAACGCGCUCGGGAACAAGCCACUCCAAGCUCGACUCCAGCGCAUCGACGCCACCAAAAGCAAGGCCGACCUGAGUCACCUCGUUGGAGAGCUCGCUACCAGCUCAUCGUGGAUGUUUGUCGACGCGACCACAGGCUUUGGUGGAGCACCAUACGACACAGAACUGAUCAUAGAAAACCUCCAGCUGCCGUUUGACCAGACGGUCUGUCUGGAUGCCACCAAGCUGAGCGCCGAGCGUCCACGCAUGCGUGAGUACAUUGGUAAGGCGCUGACGCUCGCGGGUGUUAAGACAUCGAGCGGUAAGAGUGUCAACAUGACCGCGACGGCUGACAUGAUCAUCGAUACAUACAAGAAGUCGGUCGAUCUGCGACCGACCGACGAUGAACUCAACAACGACGACACUAUAUUAUCUCACAGUGAGCCACUGAAUCGCUACCCGCUGUCAUACAAGGGCAUGAUCGAGGGCACGGGGCUGAAGUGGAUGAACCGUGUCGAGAAGGAGCUUUGGGGGUCACUCUCGAUCGAAAAUCUCAAGCUCUUCUACACCUUUAUCGACGUGCACGGCAACCAGCAGUUCCUGAACGACGCACUUAGAAAGAAUGACGCUGACUAUUUUAAGUACGUCCCGGACAGCCGCGAUUCCUUUUGCAAAAAAGACGUGAUCGAUCGGAUGCCGCAUCUGGCCACCCAGUACAUUUACUCCCAAUAUUUUAGCGACGACCGUCGGGCGUAUCUGCAAAACAAGGCAGGUCUCAUCAAGCAGGAAAUGCAAACCGAACUCUCGAACGCCACUUGGCUGGACCCUUCGACACGCAAGGAAGCGAUCGCCAAAGUGGGUCGGGUCAUGACGCUUUUUGGCAAAUCCCCGGAAUAUUUCACCCCGCCAGUGAACGUCAAAGCCGCUACGUUCUUUGACAACGUCAUCGCGCCCAAGACGUGGAAUUUCCACAACGACUACUUUGCAAACGUCGGCAAGCAACCAGACCAGCAAAUCUGGACCCUCCACCCGACGAGGCUACUGGACAACGCCGCGUACAACUCGCGUGCGCGGCGCAUGAGCGACCAGUACAGCGCACAGGUGCUAUAUGACAACAACGGCAAACCGUUGGGCCACGAGGAUGGCAGCGCGUUGGUAGAGAAUAAUGUGCUUGUCAACAACGCUGUGAACCCUGCUCUCGUGGCGCUUCACAUGUGGAUGACAAAGAACCCUUCGUUCCCGACGAAGGGUUCCGCGGAUGAAGUGGAUAAGCUCUACUAUUUGUCGUAUGCCCAGACCUCUUGCUACAAAGGAACGGACGCAUGGCUUAAGGAUCAGCUCGCGAAUGGCGUCCCUGAGUUUACCAAUGUGCCCUUGAUGAACUCGAACGCGUUUGCGACUACGUUCGGGUACAAGGCCGGCACCAACAUGAACCCGGCCAAAAAGUGUCACGUUUGGUAG